CCCUACUUUGUGGCUCACAACAAGCAGAGAAGCUCACUAGAGACAGCGCCAUGAGCACACAGGGAAAAUACCAUAAAUGGCCCGCUGAGGACUUUCCAGAAGUUAGGACAUUCCCCAAGGGAAGAGUCCAGAUGCAGAUUUUGCUUGAGAUGUUAAACCUCUCUGCCACAUCUGGCUGGGCAGGUUGUUUGCAAAGGUCAAGUUCUGCAUUUACUGAAGCAGCAGCAGUAGCAACUAAGAUUUCUCAGCUGUUCUUGGCUUAGCUUGCAAGAUACCCAAGCCAGAAGGAAAAAGAUUUGUCUUCUUGAUUGCUUAAAAAAAAAAAAAAACCAAACUGCCAGUUAUUUAGGCUAAAAAGUCUAUAAUUUUUUUAAAAAAUGACUCUCUUGCACAUGCACAUAUAUUUUACUGGCUUGGUCUUCUGGAUGAUACAGAAAUCCAGCUCCUUUGUGCCACCCAAUACUACUGAAGUCCUUUACCCAUCCAACGGCCCUGAGAGAGGCCUCACGUCUAGUCUUGGAGUAUCAAGGACUCGCAGGAAGCGCUAUAUUUCUCCCAGGGAUGUGAGUGCGCUUUUGGAUUACCACAACCAAGUGCGGGCACAAGUGUCUCCACCAGCUGCCAACAUGGAGUAUAUGAUGUGGGAUGAGAGGCUAGCCAGAUCUGCAGAAGCCUGGGCAAAACAGUGCAUAUGGGAACAUGGGCCUCCACACCUGAUGAAAUUCAUGGGUCAAAAUCUUGCCAUUCACUCAGGCAGGUACCAUUCAGUUGUGGACCUUAUGAAAUCUUGGUACUACGAGAAGCAGCAUUACUCCUUCCCUUAUCCCCACGAAUGCAAGCCCAGCUGCCCUUCCAAAUGCAGUGGUUCUGUCUGCAGCCAUUAUACCCAGAUGGUUUGGGCUUCUUCCAACAGAAUUGGCUGUGCCGUCCAUACAUGCACCAACAUGAACGUGUGGGGCAGCACAUGGCGACGAGCAGUCUACUUAGUGUGCAACUAUGCCAUCAAAGGAAAUUGGAUAGGAGAAGCACCAUACAAGAUGGGGAGACCCUGCUCUGCCUGCCCACCCAGCUAUGGAAGUACCUGCAGCAAUAACAUGUGUUACUCCGGACUCAAAUCCAAUAAAGUGAGCUGGUUCUGAACAUGACACAUGUAUUUCGCGCUCUGCAACAGCUGGAGCAUCUGUGCAUAGGACUGCUGCUGGAAAUGGGAGAAGUGUGGCAUAUGGGAAAAGAGAUGUAUUAUUUAUACUUGUGACAUCCUAGCCUGCUUUCUCUUGCCCUCUCAUUUGACCCCUGUGCCACAUAUUGAUAAAGCUUCAAGUACCUUUCCCCUAUGGCAGAGGUUCUCAAACUUGGACCCCCUACUAGCCCGUCUGUUUAACUGCAUGAGCUGCAAGCAGCUCACACUGACACAUGAUCCCGGGAGCCGGGUUAAGGGUACAUUUGCCUCCUUAACUUUGGCUAAGAGCCGGACUUCGGCUCUGUGUUUAGCGCUGCAGCACCACUGGGAUCUGCACAGAUCCUGGCUGUUCUCAUGGGUAGCCAAGCCCAGGUUUAAGCAGAAUUGUCUCAUGAAAACAGCCUCUAUGUCAAUGGGCUGGUUUGGAUGAUACUUUGAACUAGCCCCUUAAACACACGGGGCAGAAGCAUGCACAUAUUGGUGCACAUGUCUCCCCCUCCACCUGGUUUGCCAUUGCCUAGUCAUACUGUGAUGGUUCUUCCGAACCGUCCCUGAAUGUGUGGUUUUAAUAUUACUUUUGAACCACCCUAUGCGAUUAAGACAACGGUGCAUUAGCAUGAUGAUGCACCAGCUGGGUGGGGGGAGCUGUCCAUGCCCGGAUUUCUCCCCCACACAUUUAAAGGACCAGUUCAAAGUAUUUCCAAACCAGCCUAGCAGUUCCUCGGGGAGGGGGGAAUCCACACAUUUUUAACGCAGAAGAGGUUUGUUUUGGACCCAAAUACACCAUUAAAGGAAAAAGGAAGGGCUGUGCCAUUGAGUCGAUGUCAGCUCCUGGCAACCACCGAGCCCUGUGGUUUUCUUGGUAAAAUACAGGAGGGGUUGACCAUUGCCUUCUCACGUGCAGGACUUAUCCUUUCACAUUUGAUUGAGUACCUUGAGGUUGUUCUCUUAACUGUCGAGUUUAAGUUUGAUUAUCUGAAUUAUUAAUAAUAACCAAAUCUCCUUCAGCUUUAAUUGAUUGUUGAA